UCUCUUGACACAGGAAGCUCCAUGUUUCCUAGUUUCUGAAGAAGUAGAUAGGGUUAAUCACCCUACUGGUCACAAAAACAGAAACACAGUUAUCUUCCAUAAGAAGCCUGGUAAAUCAGCCAGUGCAAAAUGAAGACUUCUACCAGUGAACCGGAGAUGGAGAUACAGACAACAACGUAUUACAGUGAACCAGAUUAUCCAGCACCAUGUUCAAAUGAUGUCAAACAAUUUGCAUCCCACUUUGUGCCACCGCUUUAUUCCUUGGUGCUGACAUUUGGCCUGGUGGGCAAUGUGCUCGUUGUGCUGAUCCUGAUAAAACACAAGAAGCUGAGAAGCAUGACUGACAUCUAUCUGUUGAAUCUGGCAAUUUCCGAUUUGCUUUUUAUUUUUUCUCUGCCAUUUUGGGCUUACUACGCAGCACGUGAGUGGGAUUUUGGAAAUGCAAUGUGUAAAAUUCUUUCAGGGGUCUAUUUUGCUGGCUUCUACAGUGGAAUAUUUUUCAUAAUACUUUUGACAGUAGAUAGAUAUCUGGCCAUUGUCCAUGCAGUGUUUGCUUUAAAAGCUAGGACAGUUACCUAUGGCAUCCUCACAAGUGUUGUCAUUUGGGUUAUAGCAAUAUUAGCUUCUCUUCCAGGGUUUAUAUUUCAUAGUGUUCAAAAGGAAGGUCCUCACUGGACUUGCAGCUCUCAUUAUCCAUCAAAUUAUGAAAAAGAAUGGAGGCAAUUCCUGAUUUUAAAGAUGAACAUCCUGGGACUUGUCAUUCCAUUUGUCAUUAUGAUCUUCUGCUACAUAGAGAUUAUAAAAAUAUUACUGAGACGUAGGAAUGAGAAAAAACAUAAGGCAGUCAGGCUAAUUUUUAUUUUAAUGAUUGUUUAUUUUAUCUUCUGGACACCAUACAACAUUGUUGUUCUCAUGCACACUUUUCAAGAUUCAUUUUCCCUAAACAACUGUAAGAGCAGCAGUCAGCUGGAGCUAGCAAUUCAAGUGACAGAAGCGAUUGCAAUGUUCCACUGUUGUAUCAACCCCGUGAUCUAUGCCUUCGCUGGUGAAAAGUUUAGGAAAUAUCUUUAUACCUUUUUCCAAAAAGACAUUGCAUUCUACCUCUGCAAACACUGUCCGGCUCUUCAUGGUGAUAAAUUAGAACGGUUUAGCUCCACAUACACCCCUUCCGUUGCAGAGCAUGAUAUCUCCAUUGGUUUGUAAAGUGCAUUAGAAAUAUAUCCAGUAAAAGUUUCAUCCUCCUUUUAACUUAAAAUGUUGUGGAAUUAAUCAAUUUUUUAUAGUCAUUGUCCUUAAUUUUUUUGUGGCAUUGCAAUAUUUCUCAUUCUCUGUGCAGUGAAUGCUACCAACUCCACAGGAAAGCUAAAUACUGCUAUUUGAUAAGCAUCCACUUCAAACAUGGAAUCCAAUGUAGUAAGAUUUUGUUCUCUGGAUGUUGGCCAAUGAACAAAGUGCCAAUGUGAUUUCCUCAGGAAAUAUAAUUCAGAAGAUGGUGUGAAGAGGGCAGACAAUGAGGUAUGUCCUCUCUCAAGAACCAGUUACCUACAUGCAAAGACCACAAGAAAAACUCUGGGAGGAGGGUAGCUGUUGGAGAGUGAAUUGGUCAUUUAUAUGGAGCUUGAUAUGCCUUGUUUUACUUCAGCAUUUUUCAUUAAUGGGAAUGUAUGACAAAAAUAGCUUUGCAACAAAAUAAG